AUGGUAUCAUUACGCGUAAUGUUGCGUACACACUGCCUUAUAAACGCCAAAGAAGGAUAUUUAGCGGACAGCUUUGGCUACCGCACGCUUGUUGGCCUUCGAAGGUACGUCCAAAUACAUUUAGUGGUCGAGCAACGAUCGUUGGCGUUCUCUAAGCCGCCCAGACAGGACACGAAACCCAUUCGUUGGCGUUCGUUAGGCCACUGUGUAUACAGAAUAAUGGUGGCCGCGUAUAAAGAC